AUGCAAGUGUCUCACGGACACGAGUGUGUGUGCCAAGCUCAUUCAUUGCUGUGUGACUGUGCACGCCUGCUGAACAUUCUCAUACUCAUACCGCUCACUAGCAUCAAAAAGCCAUCCUCAUUCUUCUGGAGGCCCUCCACCAGCUCUCCUAAACCCAGUUAUGGCAUCUGCUUGAUGUGGAUGCAGUCUUGGACCGAAAGCCUUCACCACCGCUCCCACCCCCACCCCCUCCCCAAGCCCCUUGUGACCUUGCCCCCCCCAACCAGCACCAAGACGGUGCCCCCCGCAGUGACACAAUCGUUGCCACCCACACCUACUCCGCCAGUCCCCCCAGUAAAAAAGCAGCCAGUUCUUCCUGUGUCUCACGUUCCACCCUCUCCCCUUGUUCCUCCGGGUCCGGUGCCCCCGCCCACGCUACCCAAGCAGCAGAGCUUCAGUGUAAAACCACCCCCCUCCCCGCUGUCCCCGGCGCCCUCCGUGGUGAAGCAGAUAGCCAGCCAGUUCCCCCCACCUCCAGCCCCACCUCCCACCGAGGGGCCGCCCUUAAAGCCCGCCUCAGUCAGCCUCGCCCCACAGUCCCCCCCUGCCGUGAAAGCGAAGCCCAAGUGGCAGCCCAGCUCCGUCCCAGUCCCUUCUCCGGACUUCCCCCCGCCUCCCCCGGAGAGCAGCCUGGUGUUCCCUCCGCCCCCACCGCCGCCCGCCCCGGCCCCGCAGCCUCCGCCGCCGCCACCACCACCGCCGCCAGCCACACCCACAGCGGCUCCUGCCCCCGACAAAAGCAGCUCUCCCGGCAAAAAGACCAGUAAAACCUGCAGCCCCGGGGGAAAGAAACCGCCCCCGACCCCGCAGCGCAACUCCAGCAUUAAGUCCAGCAGCUGUGCGGAGCACCCUGAGCCCAAGAAACCCUCAGUAGACAGUCUAAUCAGCAAGUUCGCAUCCCCAGCCGAACCCUCGGGGUCUCCUGGCAAGGAGACCCCACCACCUCCAGCAGCGCCCCCCAAGCCAGGAAAACUCCAUCUUUCCGGAGUUAACCUUCCCGGGGUGCUCCAGCAAGGAUGCGUGUCCUCGAAGGCGGCUGCGCUGAGCGGGCGCGGCAAGGACUCCACGGUGGAGUUCCCUUCUCCUCCAUCCGAUUCCGACUUCCCACCGCCUCCGCCAGAAACCGAGCUUCCUCUGCCCCCCAUCGACAUCCCAGCAGUGUUCUCAGGAAGCACCUCUCCAAAAGUGGCCGUUGUUAACCCGCAGCCGCAGCCCUGGUCCAAAACGUCGGUGAAGAAGGCCCCUCCGCCCACACGACCCAAACGGAACGAUAGCACCCGCCUCACUCAAGCCGAGAUCUCGGAGCCGCCAGCCACGGCCGCAGUCGCGCCGCAAGUGCCCACCUCGCCCAAGUCCAGCCUUAGUGUGCAGCCUGGCUUCCUGGCUGACCUCAACAGGACACUGCAGCGCAAGUCCAUCACCCGGCACGGCUCGCUCUCCUCCUCCCGCGUGUCUAGAGCGGAGCCCACGGCCACCAUGGAUGACAUGGCAUUGCCCCCGCCACCCCCCGAACUGCUUUCUGAGCAGCAGAAAGCCGCUUACGGAGGCAGUCAUAUAUCAGGCUAUGCAACGUUGCGGAGAGGACCGCCUCCCGCUCCCCCCAAGAGAGACCAGAACACCAAGCUCUCAAGAGAUUGGUAGCUACCGUAGGGUUUUAUUUUCAUGCAAUCUGUAAUCAGUUCUACAAUCAGCUCACCUGAUCAUCUGUGAAUUCAGGUGUUCAGAGCCUCCUGGUAUGUCGUCGUUAUUCAGGUAGUGUUCAGCUCUAUGUGUGUGUAUACAUGUGCGGGUACACACAUAGCUAUACAUAUAUAGAUAGGUAGCGUGUGUAUGUAUAUAUAUGUAUACAUAUAUCUAUAUGUAUAUAUAUAGCUGAAAGUGAUUCUAUUUAUUCUUUUUCUCUCCUAAUCUGAAAAUGAGUUUUGUGUAUUUUGGGUGGCAGCGGCAUGGAAGGGGAUAUAUGUCUUGUCCCUUAUGAUUUCUGUUAUCUAUCAUUUGGAUUGGACCAAAAACUUCAGACUUAUUUAGGAGGUAUUUUAUAAAUGUCCAUGUGUGGCCUUUCUGUGCAUGUUGUGUAUUAUAUAUUAAGAUAGAUGUAUAAUGUGCUAAUUCUCAGUUUGAGGAGACAACCAGAAUGUUUGGUGUAUCUAUGGGCUUUUGUGUUUUUUCCCCCAGUUGGCUGAAGUUAGAACUGCUUGACACUUCAUUUUUCUACAUAAAGGGGCACUUUAAUUAGGAAUCUGUUUCAUAGAACGGGUCAUAGUGCAGGGCGGGGAAGUUUUCAGACACUAUCAGUGUGUGGUUGUGCAUAGAAAACAAUAAAUAUGUGGUGUGACUAAACCAUUCUAGUUGCAGUACUGCUACCCCAACGGAAUCUAGACUGCUCUAUCACAGGUAAGCUCUUUGCCUAUCACAGUGCUGUUAUCCUGUAGUUCUUUCUGUACUGUUGGGAUCCUUUCCACGAGCUUGUGAAGCUCCAUCAAGUUUGGUUUCAUGAUCCUUGCUUUGAUUUAUUGUAAGAGACUAUCCAACAUGAUACCCUCGGAAUGCUCUGUCCCGGCGUGUCUUUGGGUCAACAGUUACCUCCUUAUAGUGUGUGCUGUGAGUGGGUGUUGAUAUUAGGUAUCCAUAGACAACUGGUAUAUCAGGUACUCACAUCCUUUGUCUGUUAUGUUGCAUCAUUAUGAACAACAAAAUCGCCUUCUGCAAUGCGUAUUUUCUGUGUUGCGGCCUGAAGGAUGGAUUAGAGGACGAGACGGGCCCCUGUGCCGCUGUCAUUAAUUAGGGUUUUGUAGCUAGUAAUGUGACGUAAGAAUUCAUUUAAGUAUGGGACUGCCAUGGGGGCGGGGGGAAGUGAGUGUUUUGACGAUUUCAUCCAUGGUGACCGGAGCACACGAGGGUCCUUGCUUGUUGUAGCCCUGUUGUAGAGACUUAUCCAAGUUACCAGGCAUUCUGAUGGAGUCUGUAGUCCAAGGACAGUAGUGACAUUACAUACUGUGCACAUGCAGUUUGGUGCAACAUGGAACCAUUGCUCUGACGACACUGUAAUUCCACAUGCUUCACACUGUACUUCUAGAUGUUUUAUUUUCCCCUCUGAACUUUCCUUGGUAUUUGAGAAAUGUGUACUGACUUAGCAAUUUGUGAUGAUAAAUUGACUGUUAGGCCAACCUUAGAACUGCUCUUAAAUGGGAGAAUAAAAAGUACCUCCCCAGCAGUGAUAAGUCAGCACACCUUGUAAUGAACAUCUUUGCCUGUUGUGAAUAGGGAUCACCAAUGCAACUGCAAAAGUGUUCGACCCUAUCCCUAAGGAAAAAGUGAUGUCCAUAAAGUGGGACAGAGAUGGUAAAUAAUUCAAGAGUUAGCAAGAUUGUGCUGUGUACACAGGAUUUCUCACUCUGCAACAAAGUACUGCAUCGGAGAAAGUGGAAACCGCCCCCCCCACAUUGUAACAUCUCCAGGAUGUGAUAGUAUACUCCUGUUUAUAGAGCAAUAAGAAUAUAUACCAGUGUGCAUUUGUUAUAGCCCUGCUCCUUUAAAAGAUACUUUUUUAGAUGUUUCAGUUCACAAAGUUUUAUGUGCUUGAUAUUCUUAUGGUUAUGAAGUGACCUUUACCACAUCUAUAUUGUUCAUUUAAGCAUGCACUGCGAUUUGAGUACAUUUGAGUAACACUGCCAAGCACCACUGUGACUCACGAAUGAAGUGAUUCCCCAGUCUUCUGCCUGCAGCUUUGUCUUCUAAGGAUCCCCCUUACUUGUGAGAUAGAGGACUUUGAAGACUCUGAAUCCAGUGGUAUAAAUGUUCAUCACUAGGGUUUUUCACUGUGGUGGUGGUCUCUUACAUGAGGAUGCACAGCUUUCGCUGAGGGAAGAAAUCAUGUUUCCUCAGUCUUCCUUCACUCCUGGUUGGAGCCGUAAGAUCCAACCUUUUUUUUUCAGCGGGGGAUUUCCUGGGCCUUCUUGCUUGUGUCAGUCCUGACGGUAGCCAUCCUGAACUGAUGCUUCUUCUAGUGUAUCAUUUUCCUGAGAGAGCAGACAUCCUUUAGAACACCAGGAGAACACAGCCAGAGGAGAGGAGCUGUCAGUGGCUUGGUGACUGUCUGACAACAGGCUGUAGCCCUUUACAUUUCUCCAAAGACAAGGCUGUUAAUCAACUAUUUUUCCUCUUUAUGUGAAACAACUGAAUCGAAAAAAACAAAAAUUAUAUUUUAGAUAUACUUCCAAUGUUUUACUCCCUAGGUUUUUUUUUUCAAUUGGGAUUUUUGUUGGCAUGUGGUUUGGAGACUGCUGUUGUUUUGGCUCUCUUCUUCCCCGGUGUGUUCAGGAAAAAUACUGCCAGAUGACACAGUACUGUGCCUUCUUCCACAGGCUUCUGCUCAGGUCCGCUAACCCAGCAAAGCUUCGCCAGGGCAAGGGAGACAGUCCGUCAGCUGGCUUGGCUGUACUGAAAAAUCAAUAGUAUCCUGCUGUUGAGGGCAGUGCAGACAGGUGCCUGUUAAGAGCUAAUGACUUGCUAAUUAGUGACAUCCUUAACUUUACCACAAAAUUUCAAAAUUGGAUCCAGCCUAUGCUUAAAGUUUUGGCAACAAGUCUGAAGGGCAGCAAAGCCUGUUCUGUUAAAACAUUAAGUUCACAGCUACGUUAGACUAUUCUUUACUGAAGCUUGGCUUUUAUCACCCAAAUAUUUUUUUUUUCCCCUUAGCUGCUGCAGAAUUCAGCUCUUGGAAAAAGUAACUACUCUUAAGGUUUCCAGGUACCCACUUCACUGUAAAUUGGGUGUUCUUUUUAUUUCUGGGGCUUUUUAAGAUAAGAUUGCUGAUUCUUCACAAGUUACAGGAAACAGUUUUCAUCAGAACAUCUCAGAGGAACAUCCCACAGACUGUCCCACAGUCCUCGGACAUCAAGGUGCUCCUGCCCCCUGCCGGCAUAGCCUGCUAAGGAAGGGCUGCGAACUAUCUAGGCAGUCCCAUCUCCAUGUAAGUUUACUUGCCACUAAAAGCAGUCCUGAGGAGAUCAAAAAGGUAAACAGAAUUGGGGGGAUCAUGAAGAAUAAUUCCAAUAGAUUAACAACUCCGAGGUCAAGGUUAAUAGGAGCUGUGCAUCCGAUUAAGAGUUUCAGAAGCUGCUAUUCUGGGAGAAUACAACUGCUAAUAAGCUCAUGUCGAGGAUGUUAGGCUAUAAGGAGCCUGAAAAAAACUUCAGGUAAUGGAUUGAUUUGACUAUCAUCGGGCCACCAACAGAACCCCUUGUCCCUCUUUUUCCCACAGCUAAAAGCAAUUUUAUGUUACAGACACAAGGUGAUUUUAACAAGAAAACCUUUUCCUAGUUUUCUAUAUUACCAAACUUGUUUCAUGUAGGUUUUAUGUAACUUUAGAACUAACAAUUUUUAACUUAUGUAAUCUCAUAACCUCACAGAUUUUGUUUAAACCAAUUAAAACUGUAUGAUCCUGUGAUUAUAGGUGUAGUGACUUCCUUUAAAUAAUUUGGAUUUGUACACUUGUAAGAGGAUGUUUAUUGCUAAAAAUCACUUUAGGUUGCAAGAACCUUUUGGCACUUGAAGUUUUGUUUUAUACACUUCACAUUAUUUACAUAUAGCAAGUUAUUCCUGACCCUAUAGGAAUGGUUGCCCACUCACAAAAUUGAGAUUUGAUCCAUGGAGAGAUGCAAGUAGUACAGAAUUAAGAUUUAUUUUCCUUUAAAAAUUGAAUGGAAGACCAUUGUUAUCUCUUUACUAGUCUCCCUCAAAGUAAACAAGUGUUCAGUUCUUAUAGAUGUAUAAGAAAUCUGAAAUUUAGCUAUAGAAUACACUUGCUAAGUAAAAAUAAGCUAAACACAAUAUACUUGAUAAACAUGAAGGAAAUAAUCUCCAAUUGGUUUGCUCUUUGCUUGUUGAAGUAUAAACCAUUUAGAAAACAUCUAUAAUUCCCAGUGCCUUGAACUCUCUUGGAGGAACAGCAUAAAAAAAAAUCUAACAAGCAAACUUUGAGGUGCUAAUGAAAGAAGGAAGGUGUUUCUAGUUGGUGCAGAAACAGAAAAAGUGACUGUCUCACAAGAGAUGGCUUCAUCUACCUAAUCAAGGUCUGGCUGCUUUCUACCAAAGACAUUUAGACAAGUGAGUCAAGUCAGGGUGAUGGUGAAUACUACAUAUUUAAAAGAUGGCCAAGUUCAGAAUGAAUGUUGAACAUGGAUGGCUAUUAAUACCAAGCUCAUAAUUGAAGCCUCAACCUCUUCUUAGGCAGGACAUGCUUGUGGCACUUAAACAAAAUCUGCAAACUGUCCAUUGUUUGUUAAGUUUAUUGUAACCUAAUACCAAAAACUGCCAUUUUUCAUGAUUACCACCUCCUAUAUUUCUCUACUUGUAAAUAAUUUCUCCUAGGGGAAAAAAAAAAAGCAUUAACUGGAAUGUUUCAUUAAUUUUGUCAGCCACUAGUGAACUCCUUUUAUAGAAAUGUACAUUUAAAAUAUCAACUUGUGUAAAUGUCGUAAAAGCAUUGUUUACUGUUUUAAAGAAAAAUUGCACAUUAUAUUUAACUGAGAUUGCUCCCUCUCUUCCCAUUUCUUUAAAAAAAAAAAAAAAAAAUGGAGUAAAGGCUCAUGUUAACAUCCAGGCUGUGGGAGCUUUGCCAUAAAUAUAUACAAUGUAGGAAUAUAGCUUUUUAAAGCAUGAAAAAGGCAAAAGGAAUUGCAUUGAAAGUACAGGAUAGAGGACAUUAUUCAGAUGAUUACGCACAGCUCGGUAAAGAUGAAGUUACAGUUUUUCUUUCAGCUUUGUUGCUAUUAUUUUCUUCUACUUAAAUGUACACUCAUUUCAUUAUGUGCCUUGCUCCCUGAUUGUGCAAACCUAUAUAUAGAUAUAUAUAUAUGAGAGAUAUAUUCAGUACUACUGACGAUGUUUUUGUUCUACUGCUGGAUUAAGUUAUUUUCCAAGUUACUUAUUCUUGCCAAGUUACUGUCAGUAAACUAUUGUAAUGGCUUAGGACAGUAGUCAUGCGGUCAGUGUAAUUUACGUGUUUCCAUUAUGUCAGCUUAUCCAGUCCUUAAUAAAAAGAAUACAUAGAUUCAUUUAAACGUC